AGAUCUGACUACUGGAAACGAGCGAGAUUUUUGCGGCUGAAACACAUUCUACUUAUUUAAAAAGGAAAGAGCCACCAUGGUCACGGCGGAAGACGACGAAGACAGCGACAAUGAGAGUCUAUACAUAGACGAGAGUCAAACUGCCAACAAAGGUUCCACAAGCCAGCCUCAGGAUGCUGGCAACACCAGCACUAACAACGAACUGACACACCCAGAAGUGCAAAUUGACUUCUUACCCCUUAUGAGGAAUGUGGAGAUCUUAAAAAACAUUUCAUAUAUUCGAGAUGUUUCGAAAAAGGGUAUAUCAAAACAAACAACCGCUAAAAUUGCUUGCAGGGACUUCUCUAAAAAGCCUUUUGGUACCAAUGAAAUGUUAAAUUCUGCUUUGUACCAUCAUUUGACUACAGACAAUACAAUGCCUCCUAAUAGUCCUAAUAAACAACAUACGGGUUCCUCAAAUGGUUUAACAGGCACUCAAAAUUUCAAAAAUUUAUUAGACGCACCAAGCAAACAACCGACUAACCCUUGUGCACCUUUGCCAACUACGAUCGUUGCUAAUCGACCAGUGCGUCCCCAAACAGAAACUAUCACACAAAAUGAUCCUAGCACUCAACUUAAUCUGAAUGUAAAUAUCCAAAAUGAUUUUAGAAGUCAACCUAAUACGAAUGUGUAUGUACAAAAUGAUCCUACAACUCAACCUAAUACGAAUGUGUAUGUACAAAAUGAUCCUACAACUCAACCUAAUACGAAUGUUUAUGUACAAAAUGAUCCUAGAACUCACCCUUAUACUAACCACUAUAUUUACGUCCAAAAUGGUCAUCAAAUGGAUGGAAACCAGAUGCCAAAAGCACAAUCCUCACCAAACCUACCAAAUAAGACGAGUGUGAUCGUCACUCAUCCAGGAAAUUCUGCAGAAGGAACCAUGACCUACGGACAAACAAAUGACCAGAGACCAGCCAACAACAUGCCAAUAACAAUCAAUGGUUAUCCAGUCCAGAAUGUUUCAGCUCCAGCGAACCAAGAAGCUCAAAUAAGACAAAUGUACACUAAAACGAGCACGGAAUAUUAUGGACAAACAACGAUGACUUAUCAAGGAGGUGGGCCUUACAGAACUUGUGAGCUGACUUGUCCAUGCAGGAGAGGGGGAGUGAAGUCACAUUCCCCUCUAAACCCUGACAGGGGGGCAAUGAGCAUGCAUACUUUAAAUGAACACCAACCAAUGAAUUCUACUUUCAAUCAUUAUUUCAUUAACCGAAGAGCACUGGCUUUGAAUCCUGGACAUAAAUUAAUGAUUCCUUCAUCAAGCCAUCAGCACCAAUCAAUGAAUUCAACUUUCAAUCCUCAUGUCACUAGCCAGGGAGUAACAGCUUUGAAUCCUGAUCAUGAAUUAUGGAAUCCUUCGUUAAGCCCUCAGCUUCAAACAAUGAAUCCUACUUUCAAUUCUCAAGUGACUAGUAGAGGAGCUCUAGCUAACCCUCAACAUCAACCAAUGAAUUAUUUAAAUUCUCAACCACACCUGUCUUCAAUCCAUCAACAUCGAAUGAAUUUUUCUAUGACUUCCCAAACUUUUACGAAUCCUCAGCCUACUACGGGCAUGGUAGGAGACCCUAUCAACAGGUCUCCUUUAACUCUUCAACAUCAAACAAUGAAUCCUUUGAAUCCUCAGCCUCAUAAUGCCAGGCCACCUCCAUGUUCCUCCUAUGCUAUGGGCAAGCCAUGUGUCAUAAACCCAGCGUCAUCGUACCUUAACGUUCAACCAGCAGUUCCGAUGCAAAAUUCUCAAACAGGUGCUUGCAAGGAGUAUAGGCAGAACUAUAACAGAAACGUUGCUAUGCCACGAAAUCCUGGGUAUAAUAGUGAGCAGAUCAGCAAGGCGGCCUAUUUGGCUGCAUUGAGGUCACAGGAAUAUUUACAGAAUCCAACUAGGGAUAUACUGGGCCCAUCUGUACCCGUAAACAAGAAUCCAAGAGCCCCUGAGAAACGAAGAGCUAAAUCCGUAAAAACAACAAAGAACAUUAAAGCUACUUUAGCAGCAAGCCAGAUCUGCACUGAAACAAUGAACAAUGGUGCCUCUACCUCUACCCUGCCCUUCUGCACCCCUACUCAAUCAUAUCCUUUACCGAACUGGGCGGCUUUCGGGACUCAAAACGAUGCUCCCCGAAAACCAACCGCAAAGACUACAAAAGCAAAAGUAUCGAAUGUUAAAAAAACUGAAGAUAACAAUAUUGAGAUACCACACAUUGACUUAGCAACGGAUGUUACCCAGAAAUCAAAUACGAACAUGACUCCGAAAAUAAUGACAGCUCCGUUCAGUAUAGAUACUCAUAAGCAAACAGUUAAUGAAAGAAUUGACACGACACAAACGAAUGUAACAACAACAGCUCAUAAUAUGAAUGCAAUCAGCCUAAUGCAAGAUUCUUCUAACGUAGAAGGACAGUCAAAACCUAUGAUUAUGAAUGUUAAUAACGAUGGAACACCAACUUAUUUGAUGGAAGCCCCUACACAGCAAGAUAGAUCCAGCAAUGAUAUAAAUCAAUCGCAAAUAAACACAGAGCUACCAUGGAUAGACAUGAAAAGCGAUGGGGGGUAUGUGCAGAGUGAAACCUUUCUACAACAAGCAAGUGACAACAUAGAUAUUGAGACUGCAAUAGCUUUGUUUCAUGUGGAUACUGACGAAGCUCCUGGUAAUGCCAAACAAAAUUCUAAUGCACUAGCUAAAUCAACUAAUGCUUAUGAACUUGUGUCUACGUCUUCUGUCACAACGGAAUCAACAUCACAUAAUAUAGAGAGCAAUGAUAUUAUAAUGAGAACUGACACAUCUAAUUCUGUAAAAACAACAAAGAACAUUAAAGCUACUUUAGCAGCAAGCCAGAUCUGUACUGAAACAAUGAACAAUGGUGCCUCUACCUCUACCCUGCCCUUCUGCACCCCUACUCAAUCAUAUCCUUUACCGAACUGGGCGGCUUUCGGGACUCAAAACGAUGCUCCCCGAAAACCAACCGCAAAGACUAUAAAAUCAAAAGUAUCGAAUGUUAAAAAAACUGAAGAUAACAAUAUUGAGAUACCACACAUUGACUUAGCAACGGAUGUUACCCAGAAAUCAAAUACGAACAUGACUCCGAAAAUAAUGCCAGCUCCGUUCAGUAUAGAUACUCAUAAGCAAACAGUUAAUGAAAGAAUUGACACGACACAAACGAAUGUAACAACAACAGCUCAUAAUAUGAAUGCAAUCAGCCUAAUGCAAGAUUCUUCUAACGUAGAAGGACAGUCAAAACCUAUGAUCAUGAAUGUUAAUAACGAUGGAACACCAACUUAUUUGAUGGAAGCCCCUACACAGCACGAUAGAUCCAGCAAUGAUAUAAAUCAAUCGCAAAUAAACACAGAGCUACCAUGGAUAGACAUGAAAAGCGAUGGGGGGUAUGUGCAGAGUGAAACCUUUCUACAACAAGCAAGUGACAACAUAGAUAUUGAGACUGCAAUAGCUUUGUUACAUGCGGAUACUGACGAAGCUCCUGGUAAUGCCACACAAAAUUCUAAUGCACUAGCUAAAUCAACUAAUGCUUAUGAACUUGUGUCUACGUCUUCUGUCACAACGGAAUCAACAUCACAUAAUAUAGAGAGCAAUGAUAUUAUAAUGAGAACUGACACAUCUAAUUCUGUAAAAACAACAAAGAACAUUAAAGCUACUUUAGCAGCAAGCCAGAUCUGUACUGAAACAAUGAACAAUGGUGCCUCUACCUCUACCCUGCCCUUCUGCACCCCUACUCAAUCAUAUCCUUUACCGAACUGGGCGGCUUUCGGGACUCAAAACGAUGCUCCCCGAAAACCAACCGCAAAGACUACAAAAGCAAAAGUAUCGAAUGUUAAAAAAACUGAAGAUAACAAUAUUGAGAUACCACACAUUGACUUAGCAACGGAUGUUACCCAGAAAUCAUAUACGAACAUGACUCCGAAAAUAAUGCCAGCUCCGUUCAGUAUAGAUACUCAUAAGCAAACAGUUAAUGAAAGAAUUGACACGACACAAACGAAUGUAACAACAACAGCUCAUAAUAUGAAUGCAAUCAGCAUAAUGCAAGAUUCUUCUAACGUAGAAGGACAGUCAAAACCUAUGAUUAUGAAUGUUAAUAACGAUGGAACACCAACUUAUUUGAUGGAAGCCCCUACACAGCACGAUAGAUCCAGCAAUGAUAUAAAUCAAUCGCAAAUAAACACAGAGCUACCAUGGAUAGACAUGAAAAGCCAUGGGGGGUAUGUGCAGAGUGAAACCUUUCUACAACAAGCAAGUGACAACAUAGAUAUUGAGACUGCAAUAGCUUUGUUACAUGCGGAUACUGACGAAGCUCCUGGUAAUGCCACACAAAAUUCUAAUGCACUAGCUAAAUCAACUAAUGCUUAUGAACUUGUGUCUACGUCUUCUGUCACAACGGAAUCAACAUCACAUAAUAUAGAGAGCAAUGAUAUUAUAAUGAGAACUGACACAUCUAAUUCUGUAAAAACAACAAAGAACAUUAAAGCUACUUUAGCAGCAAGCCAGAUCUGUACUGAAACAAUGAACAAUGGUGCCUCUACCUCUACCCUGCCCUUCUGCACCCCUACUCAAUCAUAUCCUUUACCGAACUGGGCGGCUUUCGGGACUCAAAACGAUGCUCCCCGAAAACCAACCGCAAAGACUAUAAAAGCAAAAGUAUCGAAUGUUAAAAAAACUGAAGAUAACAAUAUUGAGAUACCACACAUUGACUUAGCAACGGAUGUUACCCAGAAAUCAAAUACGAACAUGACUCCGAAAAUAAUGCCAGCUCCGUUCAGUAUAGAUACUCAUAAGCAAACAGUUAAUGAAAGAAUUGACACGACACAAACGAAUGUAACAACAACAGCUCAUAAUAUGAAUGCAAUCAGCCUAAUGCAAGAUUCUUCUAACGUAGAAGGAAAGUCAAAACCUAUGCUCAUGAAUGUUUAUAACGAUGGAACACCAACUUAUUUGAUGGAAGCCCCUACACAGCACGAUAGAUCCAGCAAUGAUAUAAAUCAAUCGCAAAUAAACACAGAGCUACCAUGGAUAGACAUGAAAAGCGAUGGGGGGUAUGUGCAGAGUGAAACCUUUCUACAACAAGCAAGUGACAACAUAGAUAUUGAGACUGCAAUAGCUUUGUUACAUGCGGAUACUGACGAAGCUCCUGGUAAUGCCACACAAAAUUCUAAUGCACUAGCUAAAUCAACUAAUGCUUAUGAACUUGUGUCUACGUCUUCUGUCACAACGGAAUCAACAUCACAUAAUAUAGAGAGCAAUGAUAUUAUAAUGAGAACUGACACAUCUAAUUCUGAAGUACAUAAUAACCAAGAAGUCAAUAUCAAGCAAAUAAUAGAAAACACAGUAACAGUUUCACGUGUGAAGAAAAUUAUCACUAAUCCGAACAUUUCGUUGCCCAAAACAGAAACCCUUUUAGACAUAUUAAACAAGGUGCACAGCACAAAGGAAGCUAAUACAGGGGAAAAUAUGGAACCAACAAGAACAGAAGAUGAAAACAAAAUUAAAACCACAGAUGCAGCUGUAGACGAUGGCUCCACAAAAGGGAUUGAGGAGGAUGAUCACCAAACGAAGGAUGUGCCUGAUAGUAAAGACGAUGACAUAUUAGAAACUGCACGACAAAAUUUAGCACGGUGGUCUGCGAUAGAGCAUGAUAACAAAAAUAAACGUGCUGACUAUAAUACUAAUACAGACACUGAUGUCAAUGUAAAUGUUAAAAUAUCAUCAUCUGAUAGCUCUUCCGUUCAACAGGAAAAAUUUAAUAUGAAUUGUUCUAUCGACAAAACGACACAACUUAAAAGUGCUGAUAGUAGCGAAUACAAUAUUUUGCCUAAACUAGAAACAAAAAUAGAAAACCAACUAGAUAUAAAUUACGCUGGUGAGUCACAAGAAUUUAAAAAUAUAAAGAAUGAGGAACCAGAGUCGGCCAAAGAAGAGUUGAUAAUUUUCAAAUUUCAGAUAAAAAUCUUUGGACUGCUAAGCGAAAACAAUCAGGAAGUAUAUGCCCAAAAGCUACAUAAUGCCAUUCAUGACCUAAUAACUUUAAGUGACUAUAAGGAUGCAACGGCCGAUUUGAAGUAUGAGUUUCAUGAAUGCCAUAAUGUUACUAUUUUUUCACCCCGUCAAUUUUAUCAAAAUGGAAUAAAUUAUGUUAAAAGCCUUAUUAAUAGUGUAUAUAAUUGUCAAUUUUGUCCUACAUUCAGAAGAAAAUACAUUGAAUUUUUAAUAAAACACAUCAAGCUAAGAACAUCAGGCGCAAAUCUAAACACUUUUAGUAAACAAAUCGGGGAAAAUACGGAAAUUAAUGCUCAGAAACUUGACACAACAACAGAUUUAAUUAUCGAGCGCCAAACUAAUUCUAAACCUGCACUCCUCAAUUAUGAAAGCGAUAGCACUAACAAAAGUAAGAAGGUCUGUAUUGUUAAAGAACAACGGGGUCUAAUAACAGCUGACGCGCCAUCAAGUUCUAAGCAGGUCGAAAUAAAGGACCAAAAGAAGCAUAAUAAUAAAAAUACACCAGACAGCCAAAACCAAACUAACUUUGUGGUGAAAUUGCCACUACAUAUGUUAAAAAAAUCAACUGUGGAGGCGCUUAUACAAUGUAAAAGUUCGAAGUCUAACGAUAACAAGUCAGACGGAGUAACUGCCACAGUUCAUGGCAACAGAAAUAUAAGUACUUCUCUAGCCAACAACAACAACAACAAAAAACACUUAUCAAAGAGAAAAACUAUUAAUGCUGAAAACGCGCCCAGUUCGAACCCUGACCCACGAAAUAUAAAUUCAAAUCCUUCAUCAAAUAAUAAUGACUCGAAAAUAGAAAGUCACUCUGAAAAGGAGAAAAGCAUUAAUGAAACAAACCCAGUACUACAAAAAAUAAAUGCAAUUUUUGUGUCAAAAAACAUGGCCGAUAGUGACAAAAACCAUACAAGACAACCCAAAAAGCGGAAAAGCCUUAGUGCUGAAACUGCACCCACAACAAUCCCAGGUACAAACACUGCAUCCGAUAACAUCGACGAUCAAAACAAAAUCCAAGACCAGCACUCGAAGAGAAAGAAAAGUACGUGCAAUAUAACUGCAACAAUUACAAGCCGAGGUGCGCAAAAUUCUAAGACUUCAUCGGUUAACAAUGAUGAUAAUGAUAGGAACCAUGAGAGGUCCUCAAAAAAACGAAAAAGUCCAAGUGGUGAAAUUGCACCCAGUAAAAACACUAAUGUAUCGAAAAACAACGACAAGGACCACGAAGGACACUCAAAGAGAAGAAAAAGUAUCAGCGCUGAAUCUGAAACCAGAGCAAACCAAAAUGACUGCCACAACAACUACAAGAACAAAGAAAAGGAUCGUGAAACUACGAAAAAUAUCUGUGGCCAGUUAACUACCCCAGAAGACAUAGACACUGCAACCAAAAACAACGAAGAACAUGAAACAAGGCAACCUAAUGCAAGCAAAAAUAUUAGUGAUGAAACUGCCACCAGUAAAAAUGAUGAGUCGCAGAAGAGAAAAACUAUUACAACGUCUAAUAACGACAGUAGCAAUAGCAGCAAAGAACCAUGCAACCCACAAAUAAACCACGCAAAUAAUAAAAAGGACAAUAACGAAGUAAGGAAAAGCAUUGAUUCUGAAACUACUACUAACAAAAAUACAGAACGACUCAAUGUUCAAGAUAAUGCGUCUAAUAAGAACAAUAAUAACGAUAAAAACAUAGCUAGGACUAGUGAAGCAACGAAAAGCACCAAGAAACAGACUACGACAGGGAGAAACACUACAAGUACAGAGACUACAACCAAUAAUAAUACUGAAAAGCAACAAUCUAUAACACUAAAAAUCUUUAGAGAUCAUGUAUCAAAAAACAACGACAAGGACCACGAAGGACACUCAAAGAGAAGAAAAAGUAUCAACGCUGAAUCUGAAACCAGAGCAAACCAAAAUGACUGCCACAACAACUACAAGAACAAAGAAAGGGAUCGUGAAACUACGAAAAAUAUCUGUGGCCAGUUAAUUACCCCAGAAGACAUAGACACUGCAACCAAAAACAACGAAGAACAUGAAACAAGGCAACUUAAUGCAAGCAAAAAUAUUAGUGAUGAAACUGCCACCAGUAAAAAUGAUGAGUCGCAGAAGAGAAAAACUAUUACAACGUCUAAUAACGACAGUAGCAAUAGCAGCAAAGAACCAUGCAGAAAAAUCUUUAGAGAUCAUGUAGAGAGUAUAACAAGGAAAAACAAUGAUGGUGAAAAACGGCAUAAUAGUAUUAAUACAGAUGAUGAAAAAGCGUUUCACAAAAGUGCCAAAAAAUUAAACGCUAAAGAAAAAGAUGAGUUACCCGAAGUGAAAAUUCCGGGUAAAAAGGAGCAUAAAGGUAAAAAUGAGAAAAAAGUUAAAAAUACUACCUAUAUAGCAAAAAUAACUGACAAAUACAUUUGCAGUCAUUGUUAUGUCAGAUAUAGUUCUUUUCCAGCUUUUGAAAAACAUUCAGCUGACAAUCACAAAAUAGUGAAAAUUGAACCGAAAGACUAUACUAAAAUGAUAACAUGUCCAUUUUGUCCUGAGGACAUGAUAGAAAAAGUUUUCAAUAAGCAUGUAAAAGAUCGUCAUCCGGACAAGCAUUCACAAACAAUUAAUAAGUAGGUGCACUAGUGCGGUAAAUUAGCAUCAUAAUAUGUACUGUAUCUGUAUCGAUAAUUAGCACAUUACAUAACUAUGUCGAAAACUUAAAGGGCCAUUUGUACUGUAAAACGUUGCACGAUACUCCCUUCGGUCGUGUUUUAAUUUAUCGCCACUCGUUUCGGAUUUCCUAUUUUUCGCACUUGUAUCGUAAUGUUAGUAUCGCAAGCACAUUACGUAACUACGUCGAAAAUGUAAAGGGCCAUAUGUACUGCAAAACGUUGUACGAUACCCGUGCGAAUAGGUAAUUCGCAACUCGUGUCGAUUUAAAACACUCCCUUCGGUCGUGUUUUAAUUUAUCGCCACUCGUUUCGAAUUUCCUCUUUUCCGCACUAAUCGUAACGUAAAUAACUAUUGUUAUUUUUAGGUUAAUUUUAACGUAAUUAUGGCAGGUAUAAUCGAGUUAUAAUAUAAACUCCUUGAGUUUUUAACUGGUUCUUCUCACUAUAGUCUAUUUCAUAAAGAUCUUCAAUUAUUAACAAAAAAGUUACGUGACUACGAGUAAGUCAUUCGGCCAAUACAAUAAGGUAAAUUUA